CUGCGGGCCCGACUUAGAAUAAAAAGCCGAUUCAGCGCUGGCGGGGGGCGGCGGCGUUUGGGGGCUCGCUCGCUGGCGUUUUGUCGCCGUUCCUGCUCGCCUCGGCCGCCGGGGGAAGCGGCCUCUUUAAGAAGCCCCCGUGUAGGUAGCUGGAGCGGGCUGCCAAGUGCAGGAGAAGCUCAGCUUUACUGCCAAGCCCGCGCCUGAGUGUAACCUAACCGGCUGGAGGAUAUGCCGCCCCUGAUUGACAGCAGGACCAGCAUUAUGCAAAUGGCGCAGGGGAGCGCGGCGGCGGCCGGGGGCUCUGUCAGGGAGCUCUCUACACACGCCGCCCUCGCCUCUCGCUCCCUGUAACGCUCAGUGCGUUUCACAAAGCAAUUGUUGCUUUUUUUGGGGGGGGGACUCGUUAAACGUAAAAUCAUGUCGAGCGCGGUUUCAGUUUGAGAUACGUGUGAGAGAGCUAGGGAGAUGUGUCAGAGCUUGUUAGUCAAGCUAAAUUGGGUAAUUUUUAGCUGGGUAACGUGCUAAUCUUUAAACCUUUAUGUUUUUAAAUCCUGCGUAUGUCUGGUCUCUUCAUACAAAAGUGUGUUUUGCUUGUUUCUUCUCGUCUUCUUCAGUCUGAAGCCUUAUGUAGGUCAGGCUUGGCUUAAGCAGAUUUCCUGAACCUGCGUCAGCUUAAGCUGAAGGAAUUUUAAUAAACCCUCCCUUGUAGGCGUGGGCCUAAAUGAGACUAGCCUAGUUAAGCCUGAUCUUUUUCUGUUUGUGAAAAAGAGCUGAGCAGAGCUAGGGACUGCAUGGUGGCUUCAGAAACGGCUUCCUUAAUUCAAAGAUAACAAUGGUUGGGAAGGCCAGAUCUUCUAAUUUUACCUUAUCUGAAAAGCUUGAUUUGCUAAAACUCGUGAAGCCGUACGUUAAAAUUCUCGAGGAACAUACCAAUAAGCAUUCUGUAAUAGUGGAAAAAAACAAAUGCUGGGAUAUCAUAGCUGAUAACUACAAUGCCAUCGGAGUAGAUCGCCCUCCUCGUACUGCACAGGGCCUGCGCACGCUGUACAAGAGGCUCAAAGAAUAUGCCAAACAGGAGCUAUUGCAGCAAAAGGAGACUCACUCCGAUUGUAAAAGCAGCAUUUCCGAGCCAACCAAGAAAGUUGUGGAGAUGAUUCCACAGAUUUCCAAUGUGUGUUUAAGAGACAGGAGCGGUGUUCAAAGUGCUAGUAUCGAUAAAGAAACAAUUGCUGGUACAAGUUCACCACAGGCAAUGUUGGAUCACCAUCCUGCGACAGUCAUGAUGGACUUGCAAUCGGAAGAGGAUGUCAAACCUCCUCCUUCUUUGAUUAUAGACUCUCAGCAAAAUGAGAACUUAGAACAAGAGGAGGAACACCAGCUGGUGCAUAUUAUGGAAAGGUCUCCUUCAACAUCGGUAUCUUCAGUUGAUAUGAGAGUGAUGAUGUCUCCCUCUCCUGUACCCAGAAGAGAUGAGUUUUUUAGGCUUGAGGUCGGAGAACGCUUUAGACCAAUGUGUGGUUAUGACCCACAGAUGUUACAAAUGCUGAAAGAAGAACAUCAAAUAAUAUUAGAAAACCAAAGAAAAAUUGGUCUUUAUGUCCAAGAAAAAAGGGAUGGUUUGAAAAGAAAGCAGCAACUGGAAGAAGAACUGUUGCGAACAAAAAUCAAAGUAGAGAAGCUGAAGGCAAUAAGACUACGUCGUGAUCUGCCAGAAUACAGCAAUAUCUAAAUAUUUUAUUAUUUCUGUUGUAUUCUUUGAAAUACUUAAUAAUACAUGCUUUUGCCCUGGCAAAAUUGUUCCUUAUGUUAAGAUGGAUGGAUCAAAAUCUGGGCUUGAGAGACGAAAGCGUAUUUUCCGUGUUGUUGUCUAUGUACCUUAGAAAAAUACCUUGUAUGGGUUUGAAUGCACCAACUCCUCUGAAGUAUAAUCAAAUCCUGUAUAUUUAAGUGUUUAGGGUGAUAAAAAUCCAAACUUUUAAAAUGUUUCCACAUAUCUCUAUGAGGGUUGUGAUGAGCUAAUGGAAAUUUAGCUCAGAUCUUUUAAAAAAAAUUGAUCAUAUGCAUUAUUUUUUCAAAUAAUCACCUAUUCUUUAAUAUCUUAAUGAAGUUACAGGUGAAUAAAUACAUAUAAAAAAAGAGGAAUAAGAGGCUAUGUUUAAAUGUCUUACUCUUUUCAAGUUGGUAAAUCUUAGUGACAGUGGUGAGAUUUUGCUGAUAUAUCAGCUUGGAAAACAAAAUUACUGGAUUGUUAUAUUUUUUUAAUGUUCAGUAGACAGUUGAAUAAAUGUACAUCUUUUUAAAAGUUAAUACUUCUUAUUGUUUCCAGUGGAGGAGUGUUUCCAUAGGACGUUAUCAACGUAGAGACAAUGAAUGCAACGCUUGGUUUUUAAAACUGCAUGCAUGUGUAAUUUGUGUGUACAGUUACCAUGAUCGUAUAUUCAGUUAUAGUAAUUAUACUGGUGAUCAACCACAAAAAUGUCUAAUUUCUUCAUUUGCAUGCAUAAUUACUACAGUGCAUGUGCAACCAAGACAGUUGCAGGUGCCUUUGAUCGAUAUCACUAUGACUAUAAGCUACUGAAAUGAAAUAGUUUCUGUAUGUAAGUAACAUGUGACUUGAAAUCUACAGAAGAUUCUUUGUUAUUCUGGGUACCUUUUAUAAAUGCUGUUGUUCUGGUCUUUUGAUUAGUUUCAAAUAAAAAGCCCCAAAUGAAAAA